AUGGGAUAUAUUUUUGUAUUGCCUGAAUUCGGUCUUGUUGCCGAUCCGGUUGCAGGUCUUGUGACAACUGCCGGAAUUUCCUAUAAACCAAUUCUUGAUCAGAUUGAGGAACUAGAACUCGUUGCUGAUGAUCUGGUUGGUAUGCUCUCCGGUGAAGAUAAGAAGUCUCCGGCAUCAGGCUGGCCAAUUAUUCAGGGUGACUAUCACACCGGCGAUGCAAAUUCCCCGGUUGCUGUCAUCACUAUGGGUUCUCAUCUUGAUGAAGCAGGUAUCUGUGCAGCCGGUGCUGCACUUGCAGGUUCCUGUAAGACUGAGAAUCUUGGUAUCGAAAAGAUUGUGGCUAACAUCAUUUCCAAUCCGAAUAUCCGUUUUGUUCUUCUUUGCGGUACUGAAGUUAAGGGUCACCUUUCCGGUCAGUCAAUUGAAGCAAUGCACUCUAACGGUGUUGAAGGCGGAAAAAUUGUCGGGUCCAAAGGAGCUAUUCCAUUCCUUGAAAACCUGACGGCAGAACACAUCAAACGUUUCCAGGAACAGGUUGAAAUCGUCAAUAUCAUGGAAUCCGAAGACCUUGGUGUCAUCGGUGCAAAGAUUAACGAGCUCAAAUCCCGCGACCCCGGAGCAUUUGGUGCAGGAUCCCAUUGUUGUCCAAAUCUCAGAAGGAGAUGA